CUUUGCUCGUGCACUCAUGCCUCAUCGUACUGGUCAUUUGUCGACGCGAAGAUAACUCACCAGGGUUCUCGCUCUCCAAAAACUCGAACGCAUCAGCAACGAUGGCCGCCUAACGCGUCCUUCACCAACGCCAACGCUCCGACGAGCUCCAACGAAACUCGCCCCGAGCGUGGACAAAUUGGUUCGCAUUUACUCCUGAAGGAUGAGAUCACCUAGCGUCACGCGGACCACAAGGCCUUAUCAGUGGGUGGACCAAAGACCCUUGGGAAUUGGGGAGCCAGAAGUAUGUGCUCUCGUUGCCGCACCCAAGCUACGUCUGCCUCGUCGACAUGUCCCUCAGCGACCAAAGGCUGUUGGUUGCAAACCGUGGCGAGAUCGCAGUGCGCAUCCUGCGAACAGCUAAGAAGCUCGGCAUCCCAACAAUCGCAAUAUACACCCAGACCGACUCCACGUCGCCGCACGUGUCGCUUGCAGACGAAGCGAUCCCCUUACGCGCAGACGACACAAACCCACUCUCUAACUCGCGCGGGUAUCUCGACGUUAACACCAUCGUUGAUGUAUGCAAGGCGCAUAAUGUCACGCUCGUUCACCCAGGCUAUGGCUUCCUCUCUGAGAACGCAGAACUAGCGUCGGGUUUGGAGCAGAACGGCAUAACAUGGCUGGGUCCAAGCCCGACAACCAUCCGAGCUAUGGGCCUGAAGCACGAAGCGCGAGCUAUUGCCACACGCGCAGGUGUCCCUGUCAUCCCCGGGUCCGGCGGACUUGUUAUGGACGCGGACGCGGCUGUUCAAGCUGCCACUCAGAUAGGUUUCCCGAUAAUGCUAAAGUCGACCGCAGGAGGCGGUGGGAUGGGCUUGGUUGUCUGCCAGGACGAGCGCGACGUAUACAAGACGUUUGUGGCUACGCAGGAGCGCGCGAAGUCCUUGUUCCAUGAUAGCGGCAUAUUACUCGAGAGAUACAUCGAGCAAGGUCGUCACAUCGAAGUGCAGAUAUUCGGUAACGGGCUUGGACAUGUCGUUCACAUGGGCGAACGAGAAUGCAGCGUCCAGCGGCGGUACCAGAAAGUCAUUGAGGAGACUCCGAGCCCGUUUCUCGCGGAACAUCCAGGUUUGCGCGAGAAGAUGUGCGAAGCUGCCGUCCGUUUGUGUCGUGAGAUCGGCUACAAUUCGGCAGGGACCGUUGAGUUCAUAGCUGAUGAUGCAACGGGCGAUUUCUUCUUUCUCGAAAUGAAUACGCGCAUACAGGUCGAGCAUACCGUCACCGAGGCCGCUCAUUCAGGGCUUGACAUCGUUGAGCUCAUGAUCCUCCAAGGUGUCGCGCAGCGUAUUACUGCCGAAACGACGCAAGCACCUGCCCUCCUCGACCAGCAAUCAUACAUGACGUCGAAUGUAUACGCAGUCGAAGCGCGAGUGUACUGUGAGAACCCAGCUGCGAAUUUCAAACCGUCCCCGGGUUUGCUCCAGCACGUCGUGUUCCCUGAGCGCGACUGGCUACGAGUUGAUACCUGGGUCACCACGGGCACAACCAUUACGCCGUUUUUUGAUCCCUUGGUCGCCAAGAUGAUUGUAUCCGGAGCCAGUCGGCAACAGGCAAUUGAUAGACUUCAUGAGGUGUUAUCAGAGACGAGAGUGUAUGGCCCACCCAACAAUAUCGCGUACCUUCGGGCGAUCUGUAAAUCGGAGACGUUCCAGGCGGGGAAGACAACGACUAAAUUCUUGGACACGUUCGAGUUUAUACCGAGAGUUGUCGACGUUCUAAGCGGCGGCCUCGAGACAACAGUUCAAGAUUUUCCCGGCCGACUACUUGGUCGGGGGCUUCCACGUAGCGGACCGAUGGAUUCGCUCGCGUACCGAGCGGCGAAUAUUCUAGUGGGCAACGCGCCCGGUAUGGAGGCUCUCGAGAUUACACUCGUCGGAUGCAGGCUACUCUUCCACGUGCCCGCGGUCGUUGCCGUCACUGGCGCAGAUGUCAAGGUCACCAUCGAUGGGCAGCGCGUACAGAUGUGGGGGCGCCUGAAUGUGCCCGGCGGCGCUAAGCUCGGUAUCGGUACGAUUGGGGAAGGGGGUUUCAGGGCGUACCUCGCGGUGAAGGGCGGCUUCCUGGAGGUACCUGCGUAUCUGGGCUCGAAGGCGACGAGCAUGGGACUGGGCGGAUAUCAAGGCAGGGCCUUAACUGCCGGGGACCAGCUCGCGCUCGGCGACUGCUCGUUUCUUGUCGGCGACGUCCCGGCCUCGCUCCCACAGUCUCUCCGCCCACCGUACCCGUCCCACUGGGCUUUACACGUCCUCGCGGGUCCGCACUGCGACGAGGACUUCAUCACACGUCCGGGCAUUGAUGCGUUCUUUGCAGCGCCCUGGAAGGUCAGCCCGUCAAGCAAUCGGAUGGGCGUGCGCCUGGAGGGCCCGCGGAUCGACUGGGCGCGCGCGAGCGGCGGCGAGGGUGGGUCGCAUCCGAGUAACAUCCACGACAACGGGUACGCGCUCGGCACAGUGAACGUAAAUGGCGACACGCCUGUAAUAUUGACCAACGAGGGCCCGGAUAUGGGCGGGUACCUGUGCGUUUGUACGGUUGCUACGGCCGAGUUUUGGAAGCUUGGCCAGCUUCGCCCGGGUGACACGGUACAGUUCGUCCGUGUCUCGUUUGAGCAGGCAAUGGCACUGUCGGCGAUGACAGUCGAGUAUCUCGACCAGAUCUCGCUCCCGGCAUCCAUGAUGACGGACGCGCCUGCACCACUGUUCUCUACCGUGUUCAAGGAUACACCUGAAGAUCCCAAGUUACACGUUGUACUCCCACACGGGGAGCGACCGCGCGCUGUAUUCCGCCAGGCGGGCGAUUCGGCGAUUCUGCUCGAAUACGGCGAGCUAUUGCUUGACUUUCAUGUACGUGCACGAGUGCAUGCAUUUGAGCGGGAGCUAGCUGCGCGCGAGAUAUCGGCUGUGUGGUCUAUGGCACCUUGCAUCCGUUCUACAAUGAUCCAUUUCGACCCAACAGUCAUAUCCCAGUCCGACCUCUUGGUCGUGCUCAUAGACGUCGAGGCGUCACUGCCAGACAGCAUGGCCAGCACGUCUUUUCCCGGGCGCAAGAUCAUCUUCCCAAUCGUGCUCAACGACCGCUGGAACCACGAAGCGCUCGAGCGGUACAUGCGCUCGAUCCGCGACAAGGCGGUCUACCUCCCCAGCAACGUCGAGUAUCUGGCGCGGAACAACGGCCUGGAAGGCGGGGCACAAGAAGCGUUGAGGUUACUGGUGGACACUGACUGGCUCGUGUUUGGAGUAGGAUUCUAUCUAGCAUGCCCCUUCCUCGUACCGAUUGACCCUCGCUGUCGUCUCGUCGGUCAGAAGAUGAACCCGUCACGGACGUAUACGCCGCGAGGCGCCAUCGGGAUUGCCGGCCUUGUCGCUGCGAUAUACCCAAUUGAGUCACCAGGCGGAUACCAACUGUACGGCCGGACGCUGCCUCCUUGGCAGACGUGGGGUCGCGGCGAUGGGUUUAGCGCCAAGCAGCCGUGGCUACUGCAGCCUUUUGACCAGGUCAGGUUCAAGGUCGUUUCGGAAGACGAAUACCUGCAGAUGGAGCAACGCUUUGACUCGGGACAGCAUACAUUCGAGAUCGAAUCAGUGACGUUUUCGAUGGCGGAGUACGACGCAUUCGUUAACUCCAUCCAGGAAAAGAUCGCGUUGUUCAAGCGAGGGCAGGCCGAGGGCGUUGCGCGUGAAGAAGCCAAGGAAGCACACCUGCUACAGCAGUGGCAGCAACGCAAACGGGAAGAGCAGUCCGUACGGGAGGCCGCAGAUGUUACGCAGUCGAAUGGUGGCAGCGUAGGUGACUCAACUGUCAAGUCCUCUCUUUCUGCAUCCGUCUGGAAGGUGAACUGUGCGCCUGGGUAUGUCGUUCAGUCUGCUGAAGACGUCCUUGUCGUGCUCGAGGCGAUGAAGACGGAAGUGAACAUCGAAGCUGGUGAGGAGAACGUCGGGCGAACGGUCCGCAGUCUGGGGAAGGAUGUCCAACCAGGUGCGCUUGUACAGGCGGGCGACGUUCUCGUGACACUGGGUUAGAAUUCGCAAAUACACGUGUU